CUGGAACUUCUGCUCUCGAAACUCGAUAUCACGCAGCUCCAAGAUCCGUACAACCGGACUCCACUCUGCAAGUACCAUCACGACCCUCGGAUCACGGAUAAGUUUGGGCGCUCGCCAUUCUGGAUUGCUACGAAGAAAGGUCAUCAUGCAGUGCUGGAAUUCCUAUCGAAAGAGUGUGGACUGACUAGUCUCGAGGAAGUAGGGUUGCCUGAUCAUGGUGAUGAUGCGGGAUCUGUUGAAUGCAACGUCUGUACAUCGGUCGUAAGUGUGGUUGACUUCCACUACCAC